UGUUUAUGUUUCCCGCUAUCUUUUGACAUUUAGUUUCUGAAUUUUAUCGUUUAUCUUUAAUCCAAUCAUUUUAUGUGAGUUUCUCGAUGAAAACGCAAUGACGGAAGAAGAAAAGUAUGUGACUACUAAUUGGAAGGAGAUAAAAUCGACCGGUUUAAAUUUGUUGUAUUCAGGUAAAUUUCUCAACAAAAAAAUAGCUGAUGAAUUAUUGUUUAGGCUGGAUUCAGAAAUAGAAUAUUUUACGGGUGACCUGAGUAGGGUAAAGGUGUUCGGUAAAUGGCACAAUAUUCCCAGGCAACAGGCUGCUUUUGGUGAUGAAGGUCUCACCUAUAAAUUCUCUGGCCUGUCUGUACCUGCUCUUCCGUGGCCAGAAUGUCUGCUAAAACUUAGGAAUGAAAUCAGUAAAUGUAUGGGAACAGAUUACAACUUUGUGCUGGUGAACAGGUACAGGAAUGGUAAUGAUUACAUGGGAGAGCAUCGAGAUGAUGAGAAGGAGCUUGACGAAGAAGCAGGCAUAGUUUCAAUUUCUCUUGGUGCAACGCGUGACUUUGUUCUGCGCCAUUCUGAGACUAGAAAAAAAGGCAGUACGUCCAAAAUUUCCAAUGUGACUAUACCCCUUGAGCACGGUAGCUGCCUAGUGAUGAAGAAGCCAACUAAUCAUCAUUGGUAUCAUUCCCUCCCUCGACGGAAGGGCUGCCUCCAUGUCAGAAUCAAUCUCACAUUUAGAAAGGUCAAAAGAUGAUUUAAAUCUGAAAGUAAUAUUCAUUUCAUAAUUUCUUUGAACUUGUUUAGAGUUCUUGUGAAGUGAUUAAUCAAUUAUAAAAGAGACAGAAAAGUUAAAUGAAAAACUGUCAAAUGAGUGUAAACCC